UCGGUUGGCGGGAAAAAGCUCUUUCCUACAGAUCGUCUGCUGUUGCGCUUUCUGUCGGGAUAUAGGAGAAUCGUUUGCUGGGUUCCCCAGAGAACGAGGAUGUGUAACGUGAUCGUGACGUCCCGGACGUUGCUGUGGUGCCUGUUGACGAUCGCGACGACGCUGGCCAUGCUGGCUGCUGUCGUCACGCCCACCUGGCUCAUAGGCGCCCCCAGGCGGCCUGGAGUCAGAGCGAGGGGAGACACUGCGGAGCGAGACCUCUACUCGCCAUCCCUCGGCAUCUACAACCGCUGCAUCAAGAUCCACGAGAUCAACCGCAUGUACACAGACAACUGCGCCCCCUUCGUGACCAGCUUCGCGAUGCCCUCCGAUCAGUUCCCCAACUUCUGGAAGGCCUCUCUCAUCUUCUUCGGGUGCGGCCUCUCCCUCAUGCUCGUCACCCUCCUCUCCUCCAUCCUCGGAUGCUGCGUCCAGAGCAUCUUCAAGAAGAGCAUCUUCACCGUCUCGGGAACCAUACAGGCCAUCGCAGGUUUAUUUUACAUUCUUGGCCUCAUGUUAUACCCAGCAGGAUGGAACAGCAGACGUGUUCACUUAAUCUGUGGAGAUAAAGCCGAACCUUUUAACACAGGCGACUGCACGUUAGGACUAGCGUUUUAUCUUGCAAUUGGCAGCACAUUAGUGACAUUUAUUUGCUCCGUUCUAUCAGUGCAAGCAGAAGUAUCAACAUCCACAGACAAAGUUCAAGAAGAGAUUUUAGAAGGCAAGACGUUGAUAUGUCUCUUAUAAAAGGCGUGCAACAAAAUAUCAAUUGACUUGGUGCUAAAGAAAUUCCAAUCCACUAUUUUGCAGAACUAAAUUGCUUUCCUCAGAUAUGAAGUAUUGGCAUUACUUUAAUACUUUGGACUGAAGAAUUUUAAAUUACUUACUUCCAAAGAAAACCACACUUUUGUAAAAAGCUUUCAUUCUUCGAAGAAGCAUUUUAGAAGAGAAGAGGAUCGGCAUAAGACUCUAAACUUCACUUCAUGGCUUUAAUUUUAUUUUUUCAUUUUUGUGUAUAUAUAUUUCACAAUUGGAAAUGUCUCUAUGAUUUUUCAAAAGGAAAUUUCCAGAUUAAAUGUUUCAAAACUAGACAACUUGAUCUAGUGGAAAUUUUUAGAAACAGUUGAACUGUUACCCUUGUGAAACAAUUUCUGAACUUUUCAAAAUCCUUUUGCAUGAACAAUUUCUGUACAUUUCAAAACCCUUUUGUAUGAAAACGAACAUGGAGAAAGUGGCAUGUAGGUGUAUCAAGGACUUAUAUUUAAAAGUAAGUCAUUUGUACAUUUUUGGAGAAAAAUUAAGUCACGAUUUUGUGCAUUGGAGGUACCCAUGAAUUUUUCUAAUUUUAAAAUUAUACAAAGAUCAAAGAUUUUAUGUUUUACACAUGUAUUGCUUACUUUUAGGAAUA